AUGGAGUCCAUCCAGCUGGCCCAGAUGCUAGCUGACAUCUCCGAUCUCAGCGCUGCCGACAAGAAAGCAGCAGCAGCACUUGUGAACGCGAACAAGGCACUCGCCCAGGAGGCCCAGGCCCAGGCCCAGGCCCUUGCCCCAAACCAGAAUGACGGCCUCAAGCCCCCUGCCCCCAACGCCGGCGCAUCGCGACCCUCGUCCUCUGUAUCCAACAACCGUCUCGACAAGUUCGGGCGCCGCAUCCUGACACCACCCAUGACGCGAACCAACUCAAAUCAGGGGUCCAUGCCCGGGACGCCCCGAGGUUCUGAUCCCGAGGACGACGUCGACCGCGCGAGCACGCUCAUGGCCCUUUACGACAUCCGCAACAAGAUCAAGCAGCAGGACAACACGAGCCUGAUCAGGGCGCGCGAGAAGAUCGACGCCAUGAUCGCCAAGCAAAAAGCCGCGGUCGAGAAGCAGAACAAGCAGGGCGGCGACGCGUCGCAGACCCUGGAGAGGCCGCGGCCGACGUCGCGCUACACCUUCCCACGGCCCGACGCGACGAGCAACGCGGACAAGAAGUGA